ACGGAGCCGCGCGCGCUGUAGUAGUGUUCACUUUAGUCCCGUUCAUAGGCGCGCGCGCAGACGGCGGAGUUCAUACACGCACGCACGCGCGUACGCACGCACGCAUGCACGCACUCACAAACACAGUCGCUGUGAUUCUUGCUGGAUCUUUAAUUGCAAAAAUCUCCGGAGUAGCAAAGAGCAGUAAUUUUCACUGCAGCUGGCAUGAGCUAAUAUGGAAACCAAACCUUUCUUGUCGCUAGGGUUCCUGAAAAGCCCAUGCUCAGUAGCGCCGCCCUGUUUGCAGGGCCGGCUGGGCGACGCUGGCAGCUCGCCCUCGGGCUGCUCCUGCUUCACGGGCACAUGCCCGCUGCACCAGCGCAGGAUACCUACAGAUUCAUCAGGCCAGCUGUCCUCAUCACCUCUGAGUUCCCUGACUGGUCACCGUGCUGUCGGUCCUCACCCGCUCCACCCGUCCCUUCUCACCCCGUCUUCCAUGGGCUCCGCACCUGGUCAGCUUCACUCUCCCAUCAAUGGCUUAGCAUCGGCCUUCCCAGUCAUCAACUCCUCAAUGGGGCAUCCUUCCAUUACGGGGCCUUCCAGCACCAGCAUGGCCUUUGGACCAAGUCUCAGUCCACAACUCAGCUCCCCCAUGACUUCAGUCAGCAGCCCGGAAGACAUCAAACCUCCUUUGGGCCUGAACGGAGUCAUGAAGGUUCCAGCUCAGCCGACCGGCACUUCACUGUCUCUCACCAAACACAUCUGUGCCAUCUGCGGCGAUCGAUCUUCAGGUAAACACUAUGGCGUGUACAGCUGCGAAGGCUGCAAAGGCUUCUUCAAGCGUACAGUGAGGAAAGACCUGACUUACACCUGCCGAGACAGCAAGGACUGUCUGAUCGACAAGCGGCAGCGCAACCGCUGCCAGUACUGCCGCUACCAGAAGUGUCUGGCAAUGGGAAUGAAAAGAGAAGCUGUCCAGGAGGAGCGGCAGCGGGCGAAAGAAAAGAGUGAGGCUGAAUUGGAGCUGGCAGGCUGUUCCAGUGAAGACAUGCCAGUGGAGAAGGUUCUGGAAGCUGAGCUGGCAGUGGAGCCCAAAACCGAAACCUAUGAGGAGAGCAGUGUUGGUGUGGCUCCCAGCUCUCCCAACGACCCUGUUACAAACAUUUGCCAAGCCGCUGAUAAGCAGCUCUUCACAUUAGUGGAAUGGGCGAAGAGGAUACCACACUUUUCUGACCUGCCUUUAGAUGACCAGGUCAUUCUUUUAAGAGCAGGGUGGAACGAGCUCCUCAUUGCUUCUUUCUCGCAUCGCUCGAUAAGUGUGAAAGAUGGCAUAUUGUUAGCAACAGGCCUCCACGUCCAUAGAGACAGUGCACAUAGUGCUGGAGUAGGUGCCAUUUUUGAUAGAGUGCUGACAGAGCUGGUGUCUAAGAUGCGAGACAUGCAGAUGGACAAGUCUGAGCUUGGAUGCCUGCGAGCUAUUGUUCUUUUCAAUCCAGACUCUAAAGGCCUGUCUAACCCAACAGAGGUGGAGGCACUUCGAGAGCGAGUUUACGCUUCACUGGAGGCCUAUUGUAAACAGAAAUACCCCGAUCAGCCUGGGAGAUUUGCCAAACUGCUACUUCGCCUGCCUGCCCUGCGCUCCAUUGGCCUGAAGUGUCUGGAGCACCUCUUUUUCUUCAAACUCAUCGGAGACACACCCAUUGACACUUUUCUCAUGGAAAUGCUGGAGGCGCCACACCAAAUGACAUAAUGGAGCAGUGCCUUAACCCCUCCCAUAGCAAUGCCACUCAGAAUUCCCGUAAAGAAACAUUGCAGUCUCAUGCACACAUCACCUUCAGGACUUCGGGACUCCAUAAAGAGAUGCAUCUCUCUCUCUCUCUCUCUCUCUCUCUCUCUCUCUCUCUCUCUCUUUUCCUCUCUUUCAGUGACACCUGCUUUAACAGCAGUCCAGGAGACGAACAGUUGAAAUUUGCAAAAAAGACAAAAGACCAUUUACUUUCGAGUCGUUCAUAAGGAGGAUGGAUUAGGAGAGUCAUGAUCAGUAUGCUUGGGAGGAAAAAGCCGGCUGCACGGAUUUGAGCAGAUCUUUUGGUCGAAAACGAUUUCCUUAACAGUCUGCCUCACAGUGACCUACCUCCACUCCGCAGUCCACUCUGUUCACAACGUCUCUGUUUCACACCUGUACACUUUCACAUCAAGUGUGUGUGUAUAGGUUUCCUGAACGGAUGCAAAAUUCUGCAAUACCUCAUACACCCUCCUGUACCACAGGACACCUUUCUUUUUUUUUUUCUGACUCCUCAUUACUGCCUUUGGUAUGGACUGUACUUUAUGUACUAUAACAUUCAUAUUGCAUUGUUGUUUUUUUUAUAUUUCGAAAUUCAAUAAUGAGAGAAAGACGUAUAAGACAGGAAUGGUUGUAUUUGCAGCACUUAAAUGAUUUAAUUUUUUUUCAAACAGUGUUUUUUUUUUAAACGUUCGGCUGUAGCGGAGACACGUGAAUGACAGAGAACGAUCUAGAAUGAUAAUCGGGGGUGCUCUUUGCCUGCGUUUAAUGAUUGGAAAAAAAAAAGCAAUGAUUCUUUGUUGUUUGUGUAAAAUGUUUGAUUAUCAAUCGUUUGUUUGCCCUAAUAAUUCAUCUCAUUAAUGGAUCGAGUAAUUCCAAAGAUUUUUCCAUUGAAAUGUCAUGUGAUGAUUCCCAGCAAAGCGGCAUUUGUGCUACGAGAAUAAGCAAAUAGGCUACGUUCACAUUUAAGAAAAGCCACGAAUACAAAUUCUUUUGCCUACACAAGACACAAACCUUCUCAGUUUCGAUUCGGGACACUUUCUAAACGGUACUAGAUUCAGAUAUGAAGCAUAUUUCCACAGGGGUGGUCGUUUGCUACGAGUGCUAACAAGAAAAAAAGAAAUGACAGUAACAUGAAAAGCCAUCAAAGGCUCUACAUCUGGACUUUUAUAUUCAUUUAGCCAUACAAAUGGUGCCAAGCUGUCAGUCUACUGUCAUUACAGAGAUCUUUGCUCUGAAGGCUUCAGUUUUAUUACUUAGUCUUUCAAAUAUGUUUGUUGGUUUUCCUGACACUUGGAUCAUACGUGCAAUGUUAUUUGCUUUGAAAGAAAAAAUGCUCAUUGUAAGUAAUUUCAGGGCAGAGGUCUAAGGUCACCAACAUGAACGCGAACUCAGAAAGAGAAAGCUUAAUCUGCCCCCUGGUGUUCAUACGUGAUACUACAGAUUUUGUUAACGUAUUCAGAUUAUUGAGACCUUCAGAACUGAAUAUUGGCUUUUAAUGUGAACAUCUGGCCUCAGGGAUGUAGAGAGCUUUUAUGAUGAGAUUACUCUGCCACCUGGUGCAUCACCGGUGAUACAACAGUACCAACAUUACGCCAGGAAUCUGAAGAAUCCUUUCGUUCGAAAGUGUUUCGAUUUUCAAGCAUUGCAAUGUAACUAGACCUCAGGCUUUGUGAAAACACUUGUACGUUAUAGUAUUAUAGUCUGUUAUAGUUAUAGUCAGACUCAUAUUGUGCAAUGACUUUCUGUAUUAUAAGGAGCAGACUGAUUGUUUUGAUGUUUGCUAAAAAAUUGAACCUCUUGCAGACUGAGCCAGGCUGAACUAAAACAGUGCUCUUAUAUAGCAAACAAUAGUUUGAGAUUAUUACUAUGAUUAUUAUUACUAUUAUUAUAAUUAUUACUUCAGAUUUUCAUCAUCGAGUCUGUGCAGAAACUCAACAGUCACUGAACGCUCUUUCAGUAGUCACAUAUCUUAAGUCAUUGAAAGCAGAAGCUACCACUCAGGCGCAUACAUGGUUUACAUGCAGUUUCUUUACAUACAAUUUUUUGUUUGUUUGUUUGUUUUGUUUUUUGUUUACAGCAUUAUACAUUUUUAUUCUUUAGUCUUGCCUAAAGCCUGUUUCUCCAGUAGCCUGAAUCUCUGGGCUUUAAACACCAGCAUAAAGUCAUAAGAAAAAAAAAAAAAAGAUCUUUUCUGACAUUUAUUGAUGCAGAAAUCCAAGCCAAAACUCUAAAAGGCCCUAAUCCGGAAUAAUCCUGGGUUUGGGACCUGAUGGAAGACCGACAGGGUUUUGUAGAUGAACAGAGACAUCUGAAACACUUAUUUCAUGAUAAUCAAAGUUUUUGGCAAACCAAGAAAAGAGUUUGGCUUAAAGAGAAGAAUCUAUUUUUGUACGAUUGUCAUUUUAUCCUUGUGUUCCAGGAAUUGACUUAAUCCUAUUAAAUGUUGCUUACAUUAAUUGUAUACAUGUCGAUUUGUAAAAUGGAAUGGGUUUUGCCCUCUGAACAGGUUGCUGUUAAAAGAUUUUCCUUAUUGUUGUUGUUGCUGUUUAACAUCAUUGGGUUUCACCUGGAAAACGCAUUUUUAUAUAUCAGUACAGUAAGAAUGAGUUCAAUUGUGUGUUAUCAUACAGUGUUUUUUUUUGUUUUGUUUUUUUUGUUACUGUUGUUCAAAAGGACAAUUAAAUGCUCAAUUUUUAAAAUUAUUUUCCAUAGUGCAUGACAGAACCAUUAACCUUUUACAGACUUAUUUGGAGACAUCCAUAAUAAAACAUGUUUUUAUGUUUUCCCCAUG